CAAGAAUUGGGGGAGUUUCAGUCCGACACGUAUCGUACUGUCAAGCCUACUUCUAGAUUGCUUCCCUCGCUGCUCCUCACUACUCCGUGUGCUGUACUGCCUUUCUUGUCCGGUAAUUUAGUGUGAGUAUGCCACCGUCCGCGUCGUUACCGCAGCGUCGGACGGAGCAGCUGGCCAAGGCCAUGGCGACGUUGAGCAAGACGACUCGGGAUGCGAGUCAAUGUUGCAGCCAACUCAACGCUCGCGCGCGACAGUUAGACAAUCUGACCUCUCCUGCCUCGGACGCAUCCAGUAUGCUGAGCCGCGCCAAUGCCAAUCUCGCCGCGACCCUGGUUAUGAUCAAAGACGCCCGCGAAAAAUUCGAUACCGUCCAGGACGUAGAACCAGCUAUUGAACGUCUGCACAAAAUAGUGGCGGAAAUGGACGAACCACAGAAAGAUAAUUCAACUCGUGUACCGUCGAGGAGGAAUCUGAGCAAUCGAGUUGCCCUCACGGAACAGGAUGUGUACGCGGCGGCGGAUUCGAUGGAGUUGCUGCGGGACACGUACGAGUACUUUUGUUUGCAUCCGAGUUGGAAGUCCUCGCCCUCUACCUUGGCAGGGCUGGAGCGGGUGCAUCAAAUGGGCUUGGAUGCCAUGUGCCGGCUCGUCUUUUUGCAUUUGCGGCAAGCGGGCUCGGCCGUGCGACCGCAGCGUACAACUCGCGGAGUCUUGUCGAGCCAAGAAACGGCGUCAGAGACACGCCGUCGACUUACGGCGGCGUUACAACACCGCGAUCUGCUCAAAUCAAUUGGAGAGUUCGAGGAAUAUCAGCCCGUCGAAAAGCGUCAGCUGCGUGAAAUGCAGGUUAUUUUCGAGUGCCUCGCUAGUCACGGCUACAGUGUGCAACGCGCCAGUCAUAAGCGUGAGCCACCCGGUCUAUCCCAGGUCUUGGGGUUGUCGGCGCAAAAGAUUAUUCGUACCGAAAAAGUAGGCUCCGGCUGUUACUCGGCUGUCACCAAACAUAAUCUGCAAACGGGCUUUCCGCAACUUGAUCACUACGCUAGAGCUCGCCAGCAAAUGGGGUACGCCAGUCUCGACAAUUAUUAUCGUCGCCUCAAAGCAGAACGCAAGAAAAAGACGGGGGAACAAGAUGAAGCCGAUGCCGCAGCCCGGGACGCGGUCCGGUGCCUCGAACACGCUAUGAUUCUGGUAGCGGGCGAAAAACACAUCUACCGUGUUUUAGUGUUGCCAUCCAUGCGGCGGAAAGACGACGAUUACGAUGAUGAAGAGGAGGAAACCUUGAGUCCUUUUUACAAGAAGGGCUGCGCUGGAGCAUACGCCUACAUUGUUGGAGCUGUGGUAGAUAGAGCUUUGGACAUUAUUGAAAUCGUUUUUUUGAAGGAGGGUGGGAUCGGACAAAUGUCGGGAUCAUCUAAAUCGGGCGCCAGCUUGGCUACUACCGUGGGAGUUUUGACCGUGGAACUGGCUGCAUCGGCCGCUGCGGCGGGUUUACGGAUGCUCGACGGUGUACGCAUGCUGGGGCCUUCACUCUCGAAGCUCUGUGAAGUGCGGGUGAAUGACGGAGAAACGGAAGCCAAUUCUAGUUUGGCAGCCAUACUGUGUAUCGCAAUUCAUCGCACUACCGUAAAAAAUUCGGCGAAGACAUUAGAAAAUCUUGCCAAAGCGAUUCAGGAAGAUCCACUGAAAGGUCCGCUGCACCGGCCAAAAGAUGCGAGCGUGUCGACUGUGAGCUCUGACGUCGUUCGUGCCAUUAGACUUAUUUCCCCUUACGUCAGUGCAUACAAAAGUAUUUCCAAGAGACGCGCACUUCCCUGGGAUCCUAACAUGGGUGAAGAGGCUGGCGAGCUCGAUUCUUAUGUUCGUUAUCUUGUGAUGCGCCUUUUGAAUUCUCUGAAAGGCAAGGCUUUGAAUUAUACUCGCGACGGACGGGACGAUAGUCAGGCAAAGAGCAGCCUUUUCUUAAUCAACAACUCUUUCUACUUGCUGGAAGAACUUGGCCCCGGCUCAUCAGAUCAGGAGAACAAAAACGACUCCGAGCAUUAUACCAUCGAGGGAUCCUGGUUUAUAGAUAAGGUAAAUAAGAUUAUGGAAUCAGAGAAGAGCAAAUAUCUCGGACACUGGGAGGCUCUCAACACACACUUGACAGCUGUCGGUACUACUGAUAUCGAGUAUCAAAAAAACGACGAGAAUGUCCUGUCGUUGGAGAGUGGACGACUGAUCAAACAGCGCUUUUCUGGUUUUAACGAAGAUUUUGAGCGGACUUUUGCAUUGCAUAAAAAGCUUUGCGUAAUCGACAAUCGUCUCCGACUUCAGCUCCAGGGUGAUGUAGCUUCCCUUUUCCUUCCGCGUUACCGUAAAUUUUACGACAAAUACACCAAGCUCCGUUUUUCCAAGAAGCAUCAGGAGGAGUACACGAAAUACAGCCCCGACACAAUAGCCAAGAUGCUUGGGGAGUUGUACACGAGUCCGGAACCAGCUUCUCGUUGAAAGUUCUGAAACAAAUCCUAAGUAUAUUGUGUUA